AUGGGAACAUGUAUUCAGAUAGUGAACUUUAUGAUUGCAAAUAGAAUGAGUAUACCAAUGAGGAUAGAAAGUCAAUACUUAAGUUAUUCCCAAUUGACAUAUGGGUUUUCAUAAUAUUAUGUAUCAAAUGAAUCUAAGAUACCAGCUCCUAUUACAUUUUUUGGAACCAUGAAGAUUGUGUACUAAUUCUUAAAAGACACAAAGCUAUUUGGAGUUCCAGGAGAUAGUGUGUUUGUCAUUAUGAUUAUGAACGGAAUAGAAAGUAUAGUGUAAUUUUCGACAGCUAUAUAUGUACUGAAGUAUAAUGAGGCUCCAUUAAAGAAUGCAUUUUGUGAAGUAAGGACAGAAAUAAAAUAGAUAACAGGAUUAGCAAUUUCAAUAGUGUUUGUGAUAUCUAAUCUAAAUAUAUUUGUUUAUGCAGCCUAUCCGUUGGCCUUAAUUUACAAUACACUUAAAUCAGCAGCUAGAUUAUUAAGAAUCUUCAAUUAUUCCAUAGUUUGCAUUAUCAUUCUUGUAGUUAUUUUUGGUCAUAACAUUGUAUCUCUUACUUUAAAUGGAAUUUGUGCAAUAUCAGCAACUGAUAGUGAAACAAUGGAUUUUGUAAUUUCAUUAAGUUAUUUGGUAAUAUUUCUUUUGUUUGGCACAAUGUCGGUAAUAUAUGUAUUAACCUUGAAAAAAUUGAUUCCAAAAUAUUCAACAAUCAGAAGAGUGAGAGGCCAAUACCUCAGACAUUAUCAAAGGUUCAUAGGUUUCAGUUUGAUAAUGAAAUUUCUUCUUGGAAUAUUUAGUGCUAUAAAUUUGUUGAAUUGCUACAAAUUUCAACAGACUUGGUUAGAAGUAUCAGCCACACUUUAAAAUAUAACUCAGGCUCUUUGUAUUCUUGGAUAGACUAUCAUGAUCUUCAAUGAUUCAUCACUCAAACUAAUUUUUAAUCAUUCUUCAACUACAGAUGACAAUAAUGAAAAUGAUAUGAAAGAAAUCUCUUUAUAAUGUAUAAGGAUAUAUGAUUUUUAUAGAAUUCAAUGUUCUGGAAUAGUUGCAUAAAGAGAUGAAGAAAACCCAAGGGUUCAAAUACUUAGAAGAAAUAAAUUAGAAGACGUUGUUCAAUACAAAGAUUUGGUUAUAUAGGAGGAGUAAGAUGGCAGUGGCAGUAAUUCUAGUCAAGGAGAUUUAAGUGAAUUAAUGGAUGCUUUCUCUUAACCAUUUACACUGGAUGAGAUUGAAGAAUGUUUAGUCACAAACUUAAACAAUCAAAUUUUAUAGGAGAAAUUGAAGAUCAAUCAUGAAAUCCAAGUGUUCUCUAUGAGAUGCAUACUUUAUGCCCCGAAGAUUUUCAACUAUUUCAUUACUUUGGAUAACAUUGAUGUUGAAGAUUGCUUUGAUUUAAUGAAGAAUUCUGCUUGUAUUGAUCAAUUUACAGGACCAGAUGGAGGCAAAAGUGGAGAAUUCUUCUUUUUCUCUUAUAAUAAUUAAUUGAUCAUCAAAACUAUGAGAUAGAGUGAAGUAAACACAUAUAAAAAGAGAUUGUAUAAUUUUGCUACUUAUCAAUUUAAUAAUCAUUAAUCUUUACUCAAUAAAAUAUAUGGAAUGUAUACUUUCGAAAGAGAAGAACAAGUUCAUUCUAGAGUGCAUUUCUUGAUUAUGAAAAAUAUCUCAUUAGGAAUACCAAGGAACUCAAUUCUAAGAACUUAUGAUAUGAAAGGUUCUGAAUAUGAUAGAGAAGUACUUGCUAAGAAACCUUCAAGUGAUCUUUCAAAGAUAACCCUCAAAGAUCUUGAUUUCUUUAAAAUUGAACAAGAAAUUUGGGUUGAAGAUUCAAUUUCAAAAAAGCUUAAUCAAUCUCUUCAAGCCGAUUCCAAUUUCUUAGAAAGACAAUAAUUAAUUGACUAUUCUCUUCUUGUUAUGAUCAUAGAUUGGAAUCAGAAAGAAGAAGAAUUAUAAAAGUAUUUAGAUGGAUAAUAAAUAAAUGUGAUACCAUCUAUCAAAGAAAAAGGAAUAUAUUAUCAUAUUGCCAUUAUUGACUACUUACAACGAUGGAAUGUUAAUAAAUCACUUGAGAGAAAAACCAAAAAAAUUAUCAAAAUGAAUAUGCAACUUGAUACUUCAGCACAAGAACCUAAUAUUUAUGGAAAACGAUUUCAAGAGAAAUUAAUUAACAGAAUAGUCCCUCUGAAAUGA